AUGGAGAAUCUGUUGAGGUUCAAAGGAUUGUGGAACCUAGUUAAGAAAGGUUUCGAGGAGCCUGAAACAACAACUCUGCAGACCAUCGCGCAACAGGCACAGAUGGACGAGAUAAAGAUGAAGGAUUACAGGAGCAAGUUUGGUGGAAAUGAGAGAGUGAAAAGGUCUCUUCUUAACACCUUAAGAAGAGAAUUUGAGGUGUUGGAAAUGAAGAAAGAAGAAACGAUCAAAGAUUAUUUUGCUAAAGUGCUGGCUGUAGCGAACCAGAUGCGAAGCAAUGGGGAGAUCAUGUCUGACUCGAUGAUUGUGGAGAAGAUUUUACGGACUUUGAUAGAACGUUUCACCUAUGUGGUAGUAUCUAUCGAAGAGGAAAAAGAUACAUGUACCAUGUCGGUUGAUGAAUUGCAAAGUUCAUUAUCUGUACAUGAAGAGAAGUUUAAGAGAAUGGAAAGAGAAGAAGAUCAUGCCUUAAAAGCUGUUGCUGGUAACGAAAGGUUUGACAGUAAAGGACAUGGCGUAAAUUCAUACAGAGGAUGUGGAAGAGGCAGAGAGAGAUCAUUUGACAAAGCCCAUGUAGAAUGCUAUAAAUGCCACAAAUUGGGGCAUUUUCAGUAUGAAUGUCCAAGGUGGAAGAGUAAAGCCAACUUUAUGGGACUUGAUGAAGAGGAAGAGUUACUCUUAAUGUCAUGUGUGAAGACACAUAACUCACAACAAGAUGGGUAUGGUUUCUUGAUUCGGGAUGCUCGAAUCAUAUGUGUGGGAACAAGAAUUGGUUUUCUCAACUUGAUCAAAGCUUUCGACACUCUGUCAAGCUUGAAAAUGAUACAAAACGAUGAUGUAAGUGAAGAUGUUGUUGUUGUACCAAACAUAAAGGAAGUAGUUGGAGAAGAACUACCAAGUCUGAACAUUCCAGCUGCAGAUCAAGGAAGGAUCAGACGGGAGAAUAGAAGAGCACCAGAGUGGCAAAAAGAUUAUGUGCGUAGCACAGGACUAGGCAUUUCUGAUGAAGACGAAGAAGUUGUUGUAAGCAAAAAAUGA